AUGGCGAGUCCUUCAUCUAUUCUUUCCCCGCUUUCCUCUGCAAAGCAAAAUGCGCGAUCUACUCUUGUCGACGGAGUCCAUACGGAUACAAAGGCGAUAACCCGCAGUCCUCGUGCAAGUUUGGGAAAUGGUUUUACAAUUUACGAUGAAAACGCAUCACCCACAGUUGACAUUUGCCAAGAAUCUCCGUGUAUCACUGACUACGUGGGAGAAGACACCAUGCGCACCGAGAACCCUCCAAGCUCUCCUUUUCAGGAAACUGUGUCAAGUGAACCCACUAGCCUCCAAAACUUACCUCUCUUGCAAAAUGAAGCGGACUCUCUCGGAAAUGAUAAUUAUUAUCGCCAAGAUGAUGUUGAUAUGGAGCGAGAGCCUAACAUGGUGGAGGAACCAGAUCUUGCGAUAGAUGCGACGCCGGUCGCGAAUACUGACAUUAUUGUCGACAAACAAGUAAAUUGUGAUAUUUUCGAAGCUGAUAACAGUGUCAUUCAUCACCAAUACACGACACGAAAGGUAUCUACCAUGACCGUUAGCAAUGAAAAUAUGAGCAUAGUUUUCCAACAUGACGAGAAUGAAGCUAUUGUUGAUGGCGUGGGGGGACAUGCCCAGCUAAACUAUGAUAUUGGGGAUGAUACAUGUUUAAGCACUUUUUCAGCUGUUCCAAAUGCUGACAUGACCCUCUUCGCUAAGUUGAGAGCCGAUUCGCCCUUAAAAAGACUCAGGGAAAACGCAACCAGCCCACGCAAGGCACCAACCCCCUCCAGGUUGAGGGACUCUAUUCAAGAAUCUCCGGGAACUAAUAAACGUGACUAUAGACGACAUGGCUGGGCCGAUCACAGCGAACAUGGCUCUCCAACGCCCGGGAGAAAAUAUCCUCGACUUGAGGAAACUGCAAACCUGCUUGACUUUACGGACCAAAUGACUUCUGUUUCAAAUCAGUGUCCUAGUGACCCUGUAUACGGUUCUCCACGUCGCCUGCCGCGUGGCUCGCCUCUAAAAGCUGCAGAACGGCUACGAUCGCCAACCAAAUUAUCCUUGCUAGACUUUGACAUACCUCCAGCUCCAACUCCACGCUCAAUUCCGAGUAUCACCCCGAAAGAGUUGGAGUCAUUAAAGUCCUCAUUUUUAUCCCAGAUAUCUUCUCUCAAGGCUACAUUGAGUGGGAAGGAUGCUGAGGUUGCAAGCUUAAAAGAAGCUGUAACAGACGCAGAAAGUCGAGUUGGAGAGGCCUUAGAAGAGGUGAGAAAUGAAUCGGCAAGAAGAGAAGCGAUGGAGUCUGAGCAGCGAGAAUGGGAGCGACGUGGUAAAGAAAUGGAAACUGUUCUGAGGGGCGUGAAGGCUGAAAUCGUCGACGGGGAACGUGAGAGGAAGAGACUCCAAGACAAGAUUGAAGAAGUUGAAAAAUCGAAAGAGCACCUAGAAGGGAGGAUAGUAGAGCUACAAAGCCAGCUUUCAACUUCUAGGCCAACCGAUUCACAGCAGGGUGCGAUUUUAUCUUCCAACCCAGAUCUGAAAACACCAGAUGAUGUGGCCAGGGAGGUUCAAGAUGCAGUUGAGAAAGUUGCCCGCGAACUCCACACUUUGUACAAGGGGAAACAUGAAACAAAAGUGGCUGCCCUGAAGAAAAGCUAUGAAGCCCGAUGGGAGAAGCGUGUAAGAGAAGCAGAGAAACGGAUUAGAGAUACUACGGAAGAGAACGCACGUCUCAAACAUGAAAGGGAUACUGCCAUCAUUGACGCAAAUACCAAUCCCUCUGUUGGCGAUACCACAAUGCUACGCGAUAACGAGCAACUAGAGGCCGAGAAACGUGUCUUGGAGGCUAGGAUUAAGGGUUUAGAGCAAGAGAUGCUUUCUAUCAAGCACGAUAAUGACUCUCUCAGCGAACAGCUGAAGAACGAACGGGCAGAAAAAGGUGAUCUUGUUGCUGUCGUCGAUGAAUGGCUUGCAAUGCAGCAACAGCAACAGCAGCAACAGCAUGAAGAGGAUACACCACCACCGCCCCCACCGCAUGCGGAGCGCGAACUUUCUAUUUCUCGGAUGACGUCAGAACAUGAAAAUGAGACAGCACAAACCCCUAGACCUAAAUCAGAAGUCUAUGAGAAGGCCGUCUACGUCCCUAUAAACAACGAGAAUGCCCCUCCCGCUGGCGGCAUUGCGCGUUUUAAUAAUGGUUUAAGCGGGGCCCGGCCUCGUCCUACUGGUCCAACGCCAAAAAGCUCACGGUUCGGUAUGCCCAGCGGCCAUGUAAGAGGAAAUAGCAGGGAUGAGAAAGGCGUAAGCGGUAUUCCAAGCAAGACACCCCUUGCGCCACGAAGUGGAAUUAUGAGCUCAAUUGAAAAAAUGGGGAGAGGAGGGUGA